AUGGGUUCAUCUUCCAUCAAAGACAGUACGGAUUUCUUCAGUUGUCAAUUGGUGGCAAUACCAUACCCGGGAAGAGGUCACAUCAACCAGUUGAUGAACUUCUGCAAGCUUAUAACCAAAAAGAGAUCGGAUUUCUUGAUACAUUUCGUGGUUACUGAAGAGUGGCUUGGAUUCUUGGCCUCCGAACCCGACCCGGGUCAGAGUAUCCGUUUCGCCACCAUCCCGAAUGUUAUUCCUUCUGAAAAAGUCAGAGCCAAAGAAUUUCAGGCCUUCUUUGAUGCUAUCAUGACCAAAAUGGAAGGUCCGUUUGAGUAUUUGCUCAAUCAGCUCGAUCCGCCAAAGCCCAGAGCCAUCAUUUAUGAUUCAUUUCUGAAGUGGGUUUUGGGUGUGGCUAAUCGGAGGUUCAUCCCUGCUGCUUCAUUCUGGCCUAUGUCUGCAACUUUUUUCACGGUUCUGUAUCAUUUUCAAUCUCUAGUCCAGAAUGGUCAAUUGCCGGCUAAUCCAUUAGAAAAUGGAGAGCAUCGGAUAAACUGCAUACCUGGAAUUCCCUCAAUUCGUGUUGCAGAUUUUCCCAGGGAACUGCUGGAAGGCAAACUUAAGAGAGUGAUCGAAGAGUCCCAUGAAUUCGUUUCUUUUGCAGCCAAGGCAGAUUAUCUUCUCCUAACUUCAGUCUACGAAAUGGAAUCUCAAGCCAUCAAAAAUUUGAAAAAGGAGCUCCCCUGUCCUGUCUACCCAAUAGGCCUAUCCAUUCCUCCUCUGGACAUUAUCAAUGGACACAGCAAGGACUCCAAUAAUAAUCAUCAAUUUUCUUGGUUAGAUGCUCAACCUGAAGCUUCUGUGUUGUACAUUUCUCAAGGAAGUUUUCUUUCCGCUUCGGAGGAACAAUUGAAUGAAUAUAUCGCCGGGGUUGGAGACAGCGGGAUAAGGUUCUUUUGGGUAGCCAGAGAAAACAGAGAGAGAUUUGUUGAACAACUUAAUGGCGGCGGUGGUGAUCCUCCUUAUAAUGGGUUAGUUGUAGAUUGGUGUGAUCAAUUGAGAGUGUUGUCCCAUCCCAGUAUUUGUGGAUUUUGGUCACAUUGUGGAUGGAAUUCUGCUAAAGAAGCUGCGUUUUCCGGGUUGCCGGUGCUUGCUAGCCCGAUAGCGUGGGAUCAGAACACAAACAGCAAGCAGAUUGUGGAAGAUUGGGGAAUUGGUUGGAGAUUGAAGGAAAGUAAUGAUGGAAGAUUGGUGGGCAGGGGAGAAAUCUCGAGGAUUUUGAAGAGGUUUAUGGAUUCAGAAAGUGAGGAAGUGGAAGAAAUGAGGAGAAGAGCGCAUGAAAUUGGAGACAUUUGUGGAAGAGCUGAUUCCGAGUGUGGAUCUUCAGACCGCGAAAUUGAGGCUUUCAUUGAGAACGUAUCCAAGUAA